CGUAAUUUACAAGUUUGAUGUUUGUCGCCCUCUACACACAAAAACAUCAUUUGGAGGAAAAUUUGAAAAUGUCAGGAAACAUCUACGAAGUUGAACGUGUUUUGGAUGUACGUAGUACAAAGAGGGGUAAGCGGUAUCUGAUACAAUGGAAGGUGUUUUCAAAAGAUACCUGGGAACCAGAAGAAAAUCUUGUGGACUGUAAAGAAGCAAUAGAUUUGUUUUAUGCUGAAAAAGCUAAAAAGGAUGAAAUUGAAAAGCAAUCACAAUUUCAUACACCAACCAAUCCAAAAUCCAUUAAAAAAGUUCAGCAAAAAAGAGAUGUAAAAGAAGUAAGCACAAAGAAAGUGGUGGUUAAAAAGCAAGAAACCGAAAUUCGGCCAACUCCACUUACAAGAAGAUCAGUGAGACUGAGCCAGAAGAGUGAGGAAGUUAAGAAGACACAUACUAUUACACAACCUAAAAAGCCUUCUCCGACAAUAGAACCUCAAAAGUUUAAGAUAUGUGCUGAAAAGAAGAAAUGCCCUGCAAAAUAUUAUGCAUACUUUCUCGUUUGUACUCUGGUGUUUGUGAUCGUCUUUAUGUCACUACCGAGUCGAAGUGAUUAAUGGCACCUCACGUCAUACAGUCUCAUAUUUUUAUAGUAUUCAAUCAUCGAUCAUGAUACAGUGUGUAAGUGUAUGGGCUGUUUUUAAUUGGAUGUUUAUAUAUCGAAAGGGGAAAUAAUGAAUCUUAAAUUUUGAGAAUCAGUUGACAAAAUUGUUUAUAAUUGUUUGUAACAUCCAUACCGGAAACAGAAAUUUACUAAAUGACUGGACAGAAUAGAAUAUAGUUAUGAGGUCUUUUAAAGUCUUUUCAAAAAAUUGAUUCUUGUAUACAUGUAUAUACAUGUACCUGUACAGUACAUAUUUGUGGAAGAAAUCAUAUUAGCCUAGCUUAAAAAUAAGGAUGUACUGUACUUCAUUAUGCUUAUUGUUAGACAUUUUAAUAACAAAAAAAAAGUAUAACAUCCAUACCAGAAAAAGAAAUUUACCAAAGGACUCUGGACAGAAUAGAAUAAAUGUUAUUUGGUUUUAAGUCUUCAAACAAUUGAUUCUUGUAUAUAUACAUGUACAGUAAAUAUUUGUGAAAGAAAUCACAUUACCCUAUAUGUUAAAAAUAAGGAUGUACUGUAUAUCAUUGUGCUUAUUGUUAGAAAAUUCAUUGAGGUAUGCCUUAACACUACUGUAUAUUUUUUGAAUAAAAUAGAAACUUAGUUGGAAAUUUUAAAGUUCCAUUGAAACAUGCCCAAUUUUAUGACCAAAAGAAAUAUUAAUUCUUUGUAAAUAUUUUUCAAUGAAAAUUAAUGUAAACCAUAGGUACUGCAUGCAGUGCCUUAAAAUGAGUGUGUAGUUCGGAAAGUUAUUUGAACAUACAUGUAAAAAUUUGAGGUAGUAAAAUAAUAUAUUUUAAGUAUGUAAGCAUUAUUGUGCCACAAUUUUUAAAUUUUGAGAGUUCCCUUGAUCUUUGGCUGCCUCAUGAGUUGCUCUAUCCUGCAAUUACAUUCCCCUACCUUCAUCAUUCACAUGAUAAUUUCAAUCAAUUGUGACUGCCACUAAAAUAUUUAUAAAUAAGAUUUUUGUACAUGUUUUAAGACAUGCAAUGGUCUGCUGUAUGAACAUAUGGCAUAGUUAAUAGAUUCAAGCUUGGUGUCAACACGUCUUUAUUAGCAAAGUAUUAAAGUUCUACCUCUUAUUGUUGCAUAGAUGCAUCCAUGUUAUUUUUUUGUAUAUAAUAAAUAUGUACUGACAACAUUCAUCAAUCUCAUUGUCAACGUCAUUCCAGUAAACUAAAGUUGGGAAAAAAAAUUACAAGCUGGGUCAAUCAAAAUUUAUCUGGAGUUUAUUAAAAUAAUACAUUGAAAAUGAAGGUAAUUUUGUUCACUCUACGAAGCACAAUUUAUUUGUUGUAUCAAUAAUAUAAUACUUGUUAAUACUGCAUUAUAUCAAUGUCAAUGUUUUUACACAUUUUGCUGUUUGUCUACAUUGUGAAUGCACAAUUCUGUAGUGUUGUAUCAACACAUUUUUCACAUUUUAAUUUUCAUUUUACUGUACAAUAAACACUUUUGGAAGAUAAA